UGAAAACGAUUCCUUUAAGGGGAGGUGCUAACUGGAGACAUCCUCUGCUAGUCAAAAAAUUAAUGUUGGCUUCCGUUACAGUUUGUGCUGCAAAUGAAGUAAUACAUUCUGCAAAUGAUGCUUUUGGCUUUUCUUUUGUUCUUUUGGCUUGCAGAUGACAGUCUUGGGAGUGUCAUCACACCAGUCCAAACUGAGGUAUAUCAGACAGAAGGGGAAAAUAUAACACUAUCCUGCAACAUCUCCUCAGCAGUGACUUUAUUUUGGUAUCACCAAUAUCCCAGAUCGGCUCCAGAAUUUAUUUUCAACUUUCUACAUGCUACAGGGAACAUUUUACAAAAGUCUAAAGUUAUGGAUCUAGAUACUCGAUUCUCUGGAGAACUAAAUGAGAAGAAAACCAGUAUGAUUCUGGAAAUCUCUUCUGCUAAAUUAACAGACUCUGCAAUGUACUACUGUGCCCUGGAGCCCACACAGCAGAGGCACACUAUGCCUUUUUCUUUUACCACAAUGUUGACUUUUGUUCUUUUAUUACUGAUAUUAACUGAAGGUAACAGUGUUAAAGAAGGCAUCACCCCAUAUAGUGAUGCAGCAUUUGCCACUGAACGUGAGAGUGUGACUCUGUCUUGUAACUACACUGGUUCUGUUGAUAGUCUUCACUGGUAUCGGCAAUACACCGGUUCAUCUCCACAGUUCCUCAUAUUGGAAUACUAUGGCAAAUCUAGAUACGCUGAUCCUCCAGUUCCUGGAAUCUCCAUUAAUCACAGAAAAGAAAGCACUAGUGUGGAUCUAGAGAUCUCCUCUGCUGCAGUAUCAGACUCUGCUCUAUACUACUGCGCCCUGCAGCCCACAGUGACAGGAAAACUCUGCACACCAUACAAAAACCUGACUGACAGUCUUAACGCAAGAUAG